GACAUUCUUCCUGCCAGUCAUCCAGAUAUCUACCUCUCGUGAGAUUCCAUCCCGUCUCCAAGUCCCCCCAAUCUAGCCUGGGAAAUUCGCACAGCCUCGCUCCCCUCAAGCCACCCACGGGCUAUCUGACAUCAGAGUACAUCCAGGCGACCAGUCUGCGGCGUUCCCGUUGAUUUCGCUGUGGAGAAAGCUUCCAAUCACCCUUGUGAUCACGGACAGCCUUGAGGAUUUUCGCCUUCAUCGCCUUCAAUCUGGAAUUAAUCCGGGUUUGGGCCUUCCUCAUAUCUCCCGAGUCAUUGCAUCACGUCUUGGCAGCGUAACCCUCCUCCUUCCAUCUCUCUCUCUUCUUUCUCCCCACAUUCGACACCACUGCCCAGGAUGAUACCGGUACACAUACAAUCAUGUUCCAAGAAUUGACCGCAAUCUUUCCUCGGGCUUCGGUUCGACGAAAGCGUCAAUAUUCUGUUAGACCCUUUUACGGGUCUCUCCUGGUCUUCACGGCUCUUGCUGCCCUGAGUUGGGGCUUCGGGCGUCUCAGGCCUUCACUAACGGAGGCCCCUCCCUUCUCUAGCCCCUCAGGUCGUGUGCUUGUCAAGCGGGAUAGUGAACCAGAGUGCCGUCUGGUGCGUAAUGCGAAAGAUCAAUGCGCUUUUGUCCUUUUAAAUUGCCCUGAUUACGAAGAUGGACUCUUCUCAUAUCUCCAAUUCUACUACUGCACCCUAGCAGACGCAAAACCAGUCGCUUUCGCCAUCAUUAUCCUCUGGCUAUCCUUGCUGUUCAGCACUAUUGGAAUCGCCGCCAGUGACUUUCUCUGUAUUGAUCUGAGCACGCUGGCCAGUUUUCUUGGCUUGAGCGAAAGUCUGACGGGGGUCACGUUCCUCGCAUUCGGAAAUGGAAGCCCCGACGUUUUCUCAACCUUUGCAGCCAUGAGGUCCAACAGUGGGAGUCUGGCAAUUGGCGAGCUACUCGGCGCGGCAAGCUUUAUAACUUCGGUCGUUGCAGGCUCGAUGGCGCUGGUUCGUCCAUUCAAAGUCGCCCGGAGGAGUUUCGUUCGUGACGUCGGAUAUUUUGUGAUCGCCAUUAGUUUCAGCAUGCUUCUCUUAGCAGAUGGCCACUUACACGUUUGGGAAGCUGCCACCAUGGUUGCACUAUAUUGCUUCUAUGUCGUACUUGUUGUAACAUGGCACUGGUUCAUUGUUCGACGGCGUCGAGUACAUGAGAGAAUCUUGGCCGCGAGGUCUCAGUACCAUAUCCCGGACAACCAGGAGCUGGAUAUCGAAGAGGUGGAAGAAGAUGAUCCAGGGGUAGCUUCGGAAUCGACAAGUCUUCUCCGCGGCGCGUCUUCGGACGAUUUUCACGCUCUGGAGCGCGGGGACGUACCGAUUUGGAAGGACGGGGAUGAGGACGACGAGACCCGCAAUCGAUAUCUAGCAGAGAUCCGAGACAACAUGCAUGUAUAUCGGCCCACGAGGCGCAGACGUAAUACUUUGAAUCCUAUUCGGCCCAGUCUGGUCGGUGCAUUAGAGUUUCAGUCCGUUCUUUCCUCGCUCCAACGCUCCAGAAGUCACCGUCAGAACCAUUCCAUCAGCCUUAGAAGGUAUUCAGAUGUUCCAGACAGCCAACAGGACCGGCACCAAGCGGACAACUUGUCUGUGGCUUCCCACCCUCGAAGUAGCCGCUCUAAAGCUGGCCAUUUUCUGUCUCCUCACGAUGGGACCGGUCCUGCUCGCGCCCGAGCCGUUUCUGCGAACGCUGCUGCGGGUCUGACGCUAGACACGAGUCUGUUCGGCGCCAAUGCGCCAUCACGCCCGCAAUUAACCAUCAGUCGGCCGUCUACUGACCAUGAGCCUACGACGCUCAUUCUCUCACACCCAUCUGACUCGCAAAGAGGCCCAGAAUUGAUGAUGUCACCGGUAUCAACGGUGCUUUCAUCCCGCAGCCCAAGCCCAAGUCCUGGAGAAGGACCUAGCCUGCAAAACUCUAGUCUGCUUGCCCCGCCGGACACAUUCGGUUUUCCCAAUUAUGUCGAUGCUACGCCUCAUACCCGCUCUCCCACUCAGGUGUCUCCUCGGGGAACAAUUUACGGUUCACCUCAGGACAAUAUGCUAAGUAGCCCUAUCAGUCCAUUUCCUCCUUUCUUGGAGGCUACUGGCCCACCAUUCUCGAGACCACCAAGCGUGUACCCCUCCGCCCCCUUCAGUCCAACGCAGCCGUUGCAGAUUCACCACAGCGUUCCGGAUGGUAGCAGCAGUCGGUGUAUGUCCCCAGCGGGGUGGUGGCCUCGGUCUCGCUCCAUACUUCAGCCAGUCAUUUCGAUUCUCUUUCCAACCUUGGAUGGGUGGAAGGGAAAGUCAUUCUGGGAGAAAUCCCUGGGGAUUGUUGCGGCUCCGAGUGUGUUUCUUCUGACGAUCACUCUUCCUGUUGUUGAUCCUGUGCAACCCGACACCCCUCCCACUACAGUUCCUGUGAUUGUAACUUCCGUAGAUGGUGGAACUUCGCCAGCACCCAUCGUGCGUCUCCCAGAAGACAGUCCACUCCUCCUGGCUCACGACCACCCGUCCCUUGUCGAACAAGCCGCGGAAUAUGGAACCCCAUCUUUAUCGGCUGAGGGACGACGACGAUUCGACUCCGAGCUCCCCGUUGCCCAAGCUCCUGUAGGAUCAGCAGCAGCGGCAGCAGCACCUCCAACCCGCGAAUGGUGCCUCUGGCUGGUCUACUUACAGCUUUUCGCUGGGCCCUGCUUCGUCGCAUUAAUCGCUUGGACCGCGAUAGACCCAGACUUCAAAGGCAGUACCCUCCUAUUCUUCGGCCUCUGUGCGCUCCUCUUCUCCCUCACCUGCCACGGCGCCUUAACCAUAAGCAUGCGCCACAACAAUGCUGCCUCGCAGCCACCCCGCACGUGGCGACCCAUCCUCGCAUUCCUGGGCUUCGUCGUCGCCAUCUUCUGGAUCGCAACCAUCGCCACGGAAGUCGUCAACCUUCUCAAAACCCUCGGCGUCAUCCUCAACAUCAGCGACUCCCUGCUCGGGCUUACCGUCUUUGCUGUCGGAAACUCCCUCGGUGACCUCGUCGCAGACAUUACCGUCGCCCGCCUCGGCUACCCAGUCAUGGCACUAAGCGCUUGCUUUGGCGGGCCUAUGCUCAACAUCCUCCUCGGCAUCGGCCUUGGAGGACUAUACAUGACCAUGCACGCCAAAUCAGAGACAAUGAUUUCGCGUACGGCGUCAGGGACCUCAUACGAUAUCGCCGUCUCGAAGGUCCUCAUCAUCAGCGGUGCAACGCUUCUCAUAACUCUAGUCGGGUUAUUAAUUGUCGUCCCGCUAAAUAAAUGGAGAAUGGACCGCAAGAUUGGCUGGGGUCUUGUUAUUCUUUGGUGUGUAAGUACGCUGGGUAACGUCAUCACUGAGUUGGCUUUCUGAGAGACCUCCAUCCAUCCCCUUCCCCUAUGCAUACAUACAUACAUACAUACAUAUAUAAUAAUGCAUGGCAUGGCAUGAAAUAAAGACAUGCACUCGAUACAUAAAAUGCAUCCAUCCAUCAUCCAUGCGUGUCCUUUGUCUUAUGACUCGUACGACUCUACCUACUACUUUGAGAUACCUAUCUAUCUAUGCUCGCUCAUUGCCCUUUUUUUUGCAAAGCCCAGCUAUGCUUUUCUUUUCUUUCUAUUCUCCUUUGGUUUCUUUCUUUCUUUCUUUUUUCUAUAUCCUUGAUAACGAUAGAGUAAACCCAGUAACUAUAGUGCUGUCAAGCAAUAACUAGUUAGUUAGUUCUUGAUUUUCUUGGCC